AGCCACGCCACUAAAGCUUUAUCAAUAUAGAAUUGUUUAAACGCCGAAGUCGCGUGAUUCCGUCGUGAACCGGAAGUAGAAUAUCUCCCUUCGAGUUCAUUGAAACCAACAAAAUAUCAACAUUAACAUCAUCGCGCGUCACGCGCUGAACUCUCUCCAUUAAUGACGGCGAAAUGAGCUCGACUCCUCUCAGAUGCCGCAGAUUCGCGCUGUCGCUCUUUAUCGCCGGGCUCGUGCGGCUGUCAUGCGGAGAUGUCGAUGAGAUCCCUGACCCAUCAGAUCCGCCUCAGAGGCGCUUCAAGACGGCAGAGAUGGCCGAUGCCGUGAUGGGAACGGCUCCUUCUCCCGCAGGGAUGCAGCAUCUGAUUCCCAAAGAGCUGCAGGAGUCUCUGCUGGCAGAACCGUGUGCUGAAGAGGAGAAACCGCCGGAGCGGACAGAGGCGCUGCUGUCCGCGGUCAUCCACACCGACACCGGCGACAACCAGAACCAGAACUUCACCGAGACCGCCAAGACCUACAAAGUCACCUGCGACAGACGGAACAUCACCGGGAUCGAGCGCUUCACGGUGCAGGUGCUCAACGCGUCUCAGGACCUGAUGGAGCUCCUGAAUGCCAACAGUUCCGAGUGUUCACUGGUCCUCUUUUAUACGCCGUGGUGUCAGUUUUCCGCCGGUCUCGCUCCUCACUUCAACGCAUUGCCUCGGGUCUUUCCCAGCAUGCACUUCCUCGCGCUCGACGCCUCUCAGCACAGCAGUCUCUCGACGCGGUUCGGAACCGUAGCCGUUCCCAACAUACUCUUGUUUCAAGGUACCAAACCCAUGGCCCGGUUCAACCAGACAGAUCGAACGCUGGAAACGCUGACGUCCUUCAUAACAAACCAGACAGGUUUUGAAGCAAGCCCGGAUCAGACCGUACAGGAAGACGACCGCGUCGGACCUCUGCCUGCGGUUCCCGUCAAGAGCAUCGACUGGCUCUUUGUGUUCUCUGUCCUCUUUAUAUCCGGCUUCACUCUCUAUGCCAUCCUCUGUACAGACAGCAUCCGGUGGCUGAUCCCGGGACAGGACCACGAGCACCAGGAUUAGAGUCGGUCAAUCUCAGGCUUUGUGUUGUGUGAAUUGAAUGUUUGCAGAAUAAAUUAAGUGUAUGAAUGUAAAAA